UUUCCUCCUUCUUCGACGGAUUUUCUCGGGAUAACAAAACAAGCAAAGGGCUCACUGAUUCUGAAACCUUACCAUUUACCAGUCAAUCAUCAUGCUUAUUUAGAUGUAUCAAUCUCUAUCUUCUUCGCUUUAAACUUUGUCUUCCUCUUCCACACAAAUAUCCCGGCAAUAUGAAUUUUUCCUGGUCCCUUUUCACCAACGGAUUCCUACUCAUUGUUCUUUAUUUUCUCUUCUUCAGUGACUCAGGCGCAAAGGUCGUAAACCUUGAUGUUCAUAAAGCCAAGAAUCUGGUCCAAAGUGGCCAUGUCUAUCUCGAUGUCAGGAGGGUUCAAGAUUUCCAGAAAGGACAUGUCGAUGCAGAUAAGAUCAUUAACAUUCCUUACCUGCUCGAUACGCCAAAGGGUAAGGUGAAGAACCCAGAAUUUCUGAAGCAGAUUUCAUGUGCUUGCGACAAAGAAGAUCACAUUAUUGUGGGCUGCGAUUGUGGCGUGAAAUCUCUGUAUGCAGCUGCUGAACUUCAGGCUGAUGGCUUUAAGGACGUGAAGAACAUGGAAGGAGGCUAUCGGGAUUGGGUUAAGAACAGGUUUCCUGUGAAAUUGUGAAAGUGAAACCACUUGCAGUCAAUCGGGGAUACCAAACAGUACACAAGUGAAUAGUGCAGUUGUUAUAUAUGGUAUAUAUUUGGAUUAGUUUUUUUAGACAUGAUUUUACAGUGCAUAAAGUAAAUAUGUAAAAAGAGUAUUAUGUUUUUUUUUUCCCACACAUGAUUUUAUAGCGUAAAAAAUAAAUUUGUGAGAGUAGUGUUAUCUUGAUGUGCAUGUAUUUUUUUCAAGUGCUUCUAGAGGUUCCCAAACUCCCCUAACAUAGCAACUUGAGUCAUAAUCCUAAAGGCUAUUUGUUUAGAGAAAAAA